CUAGAAUUCUGUUCUACUCGAUUCACCGUGCAACGUGUUUUAAUACUUUUAAUAUUCGCGAAACGAGUGUUUUUUUUAUCAAAAUGAAAGUGUUUGUGUGUUUUGUGCUAAUUUUGUUUGUGACAUGUGUUUAUAGCAUACACGAAGACCGGAUACCCCGUAAAAAACCCGACGGUAAACCUGAGGCACUGAAGACAGUUAUGAAAAAUUUGGAGAGAGUCCUGGAACCUCAACCACAGAACCUGACUCCAGCUCAAGAGUACAUCUCUUACGAGUACGUGGCGGCAAAUGGGUCUAUGAAGCUACAUCGCACUCCCGCCACCUGGAAUGACGCUCGACUGAAGUGCUACGAUGAAGGAGCAGAACUGGCGUCCCCAGAGACCGAAGCCUUAGUAACGACCAUGAGUAGAAUACUCCGGACCAGCAAACCGCCGAUACUACAAGUGUUCACAGGCGUCAACGACUUGUUCAGCAAGGGAUACUUUACUUCUCUGAAAGGCAUUCCGCUGAAAAAAAUGCCGCCAAUUUGGAUACCCAGAGAUCCAAGCAAUGUCAACCAGUUCGGCAACUGUCUGGCCAUGCAGCGCAGCGGUCGUGGGCGGACGCUGCUUGACAGCAGAUGUGAGGAGAAGUUACCUUUCAUCUGCUAUAAGAGAGAUCCGCCUAGCCAGUUCAAAUUGUGUGGGACUAUGGACACAGAAUACAUCUACGACAAACUCACGAAGACCUGCCACAAGAUUCACAAACAACUCGUGUCCUGGCAUGUAGCAUACGCCACUUGUGUUGCUGAGGGAUCGUACCUGGCUAUCAUAAACAGCGGACAUGAAGCUGUGACGUUAGCUCGACGGUUCAAGAGCUUCUCCAAAACAGCCCAUGUGGGGUUCAGUUAUUGGAGGAAGGAUUUAUGGAUGACUAUCCAUGGUGAAAGUAUAGAGGAAGCUGGCUACGCUUCUUGGGCGUCUGGUGAGCCGAGCGACGAUGGCAGCGAGGAGCCUUGCGGGGACCUCGCGUCGGACGGCGAGGGGUUAGUCGGUGCCCACUGUGCACACAAGAACCCGUUUAUUUGUGAACGAGAUGGUUCUAUGUAAUAUUAAGAUAGUAAAAACUGUUUUUGUUCAUGAUUCUUUUAUUUAUGCGUCCUAAAACCCAUAGGAUCUAAGUUGUAGUAAG